GCAUCCAAAGACAAUACUACUAGCAUUGCCCGUAGUUGCCUAACCAAUACUUUACUCGGGAAAUACUGAUAAAAAGCAUUGAAUUACUAAUGUUACAAUUGAAUAUAUUUGGAUUAAAACCACCAUUUAAUCACAAAAAGUGUGCGUGCCAAAAAUUAUAAACAACGGAGACGCUACGGCUGCAGAGGACGGUUGAUUCUUAACAUAAAAUAUCAAUGUGUUCUGGAAAUGGUUUGCAAAGAGGACGUGGUAUCAUGGUUUAAAGAAUUGGAAAGCUAUAAACGCAUAGAUGCGAUGUGUACAUUGUUAAAUAUGUGCUUACCAUUCGAACUACGCUUUAUUGGCACCUACUUGGAGGAGCUCGGCAAGCGCGACUUUCAGGAGUUGCGUGGAGCCGAACUCCGAGCCAACAACCCCGCUGACCUCGCUGCAGACAUCGGGGGAGCCAACACAGACCCCAGGACCCGAAGAAAAAUGGCCUUAUAUGUAUCUUUGUUGCGAUCUUGCAAUUUCGCUUGUGCUACAACAUUGUACAAUGCCAUGGUCAGUUUGGAACAAAGUGGCUUGUUGAAGGGGUUAUAUGGUGAUCUUCUAGAAGAGAUAUUGCUUCUGUACACAAUGGCACUACAUCACCCAGCGUUCACAUUCGAUCAAAAGUCGCAUUUUGGUGAAAUUCUAGAUAAAUUAAAAGUGGAAGACCAGAGGAUACAGUAUCAAGAGCCGCCAGAACUUAUCAAUGUAGCUCCAGUGAGUGGAUGUCUUACUCAGCCUAGUGUCACUCCUAAUAUGUCAGUCCCACCGCCUAAUUUGUCUAGCUUGGGUCCACCUCCGGGUAUGAUGUUUGUUAAGCCAUCGGGGGUGCAGGGUUCAAGCAAUAGUUCAGAUCCAGGGGAUCUUGGUUCGCCCCCGGUUAUAAGUGGAGCGGGAGCAGUGGUGCCUCUCCUCGGUGAAGUGACACAUCCUCCGCCCGGGCUGCCCCUGCCGCAGUACAACAUGGCUGAGUACCUCGGCCAGCAUCCCUGGCCUGGCAACAUCAUAGUCUCACCAUUAAAUCCACCGAUAGAGCCUUCCCACUUCCAGGUGAUGAACUACCCGGCCGCGGCGGGGGGUCCCCCCUCGCCCCCCUCGGGCCCCGGGUCCCGCAGCGCGUCCCCGCGCCGCCGCCGCCCCUCCCGCGACCGCUCCCCGCCCCCGCCCGACCUCAUGCACCUGGCGGCCAACUUCGAAAACAUCUCCAUUAGUGAGGUGAAUGUCACUGCGCAAAUGCGUCGCAUGGAGGACGAGCGGCUGCGCGAGCUGGGCGUGCCGCACAGCGCCGUGACGCAGCUGCGCUCCAUCGAGAAGCUGAACGGCGUGCGGCGCUGCUGCCCCGCCACGUCCAGCGACUCCGGCAGCAGCGCGGCCUCGUCCCCGCCCGGCACCCCCGCGCCCCGCCGCGCGCCCCUGCCGCACCCGCCGCUGCCCUUCCUGCCCUACCCGCGCUACCCCGCCUACCCGCCCCCGCCCGCCUACCGACCCCCGCCGCCGCCCUUCGCCAACGGAGAACCCCCGCCCUACCCCGCGCCCGCGCCCUACGGCGGCUUCGUUCCCGUGCUGUACGCGCCGCCCAAGCUCUCCUGCUGGAACUGCGGCGCCGCCGGCCACGCGGGCCACGAGUGCAAGGAGCCCAGCAUGGAGGAGAUGACGCGCGCCGGCGGCUACCAGCUCGACUUCGCGCCGCCCGAGCCCGGCGACAAGUAGCCGCCGCCGCCCGACGUCCCUCCGCUACCAAAGGUGUCAGGUGUGACGCGUACCUACCUAAGUUAAUGUGAUGAGGUCGAUGCCCAUGUUAUAAACACCCGUUUCUAUUGUUAGAUUGACAAUAUUUCAUAGGAGUACCGCAUGAUGUAUAAAGUUAAUCUGUUGCGUGUGUUUACUAACACGAAUGUAAAAUAUGAAUAGCAUCCGUGCACUUGCAACUAUAGCGCCGCCGAGUCCCCGUGGCGGCGCGUGCUUGGUCACAGUUGGAAGUGCAUUACUUAGUUCCGAUAUUACUAUAAUAGUCGCAAGCCCUUUUCUGUAUUUUGGAGUUAGGGAAUUCCAUGAAGACCGUUGACGGCAGCGGUGUAGUCGUCUCUGACGUCACUACCUCUCGCUCGGCUCUCCGGCUUCUACGUUGAACAGCCUCUGCACUAAUCACCACCAGGUGCAUAUCCGGUGUGGAAGUGAUCUAGAAGUCCGGCAUCCAAUAAAAUUGCAUGCCAGUUUACAUAAGUUGCAAUAUUUAUUUAUUUUACAUCAAAAAAUUGUAAACAAAUGACUACGCUUCUUCAAUUCUACUGUCUAUUAUUCUGUGUAUGAAAAACACGCGUACACAAUUACUUGACAUAAUAGUAUUCAAAAAUUAUGUCCAUAAAUGCGUGCCAUAAUAAACCUUAUAAAUAAAAUUGAAAUUAUGCAUUCAGUCUAUUGAGCUGCACGUUUUUUACUUAAAUAAUAUAUUUAGAUGACUUUGACUUUGAGAUGUCCUGCAAUGUUUUUUUAAUUUUCAACUUAUUGCCUGCAAUUGCCUUAGAUUGGUUACGAUUUGAAUGUAUGAAUGAUUUCAAAAUACUUAGGUACUAAAAUGGUCACUUUGCAAUAGCUAAGGGUGGUAUUUGAAACUGAAUCUCAUGCUGGCUAAACAGAAUUACGAUAGUUCAUUCAAUUCUUCAUAAGUAUAAUCUCAUGAACUUAAAUGAGUUUGAGAGAGUAAAGAACUUAAAGAAGUGAACAAUUUGAGCAGAGACCUGUUAGUUAUGAUAUUGAGAUGGGUUUUUUUAUACAAGCCGUAGGUAUAUAAUAUAUUAUUAAAGUAAAAAAGUGCACUUCCAUGCAAUAUAAACCCAAUGUAAGUUGAAUUCUGAAAGUUAGUACAUUUUAUAUUAGUACAAGCUGAUAUCAGCUAAUUUAGAGGAGCUUGAUAGCAUAAGUUUUUUAAGGAAUUCUUUUUUUGAUAUUAAGAAUUCUUACCAAAAUAGCAAUACUAUUGCACAUAAACAUAAAUGUAUAGAUUAGAAAACUGUUAUUUCAGCUCAUUAUAGAGAUGUAGUUGGAAUGUUUUGUUUGCUGCUGUUAAUAUAAUUUAGUGUAGCAAUGUAUUUUGAUUUCUGAACUAGAUGGCAGCUUGGUGCAUUUACUGUUAAUAUUUGCUAAACAAUUGGAAGUAGUAUUUAUGAGGAUUUAAGCAUUUAGUCGUGGAAUUCCCUAAAAUUCUUACUUCAUUUGGUAGGCACUUUCAAACCAGAGUAUCCACUGUAUGCAAUAGCGAACAGUCAAGGGGAAAAUUCUCGUUUCAUUAGACAUUAUUGCCAAAUAGUGACUUAACCCACCAUACCAUUAAAAAAGAUUUUUAGACACUUCUCAAGAUCUAUUAUUUUUCUGCGGAACUUAAUUUUUAUUUUUUUUGUUCGGUAAAAAUAGCACCUGAGUUGAGUUUGGAUUGACAUUUUAAUACUCGAGAAUUCACCUCUCCUCCUAAUAAUUAUUCAAUAAGAUUGAAAAACACUGGCAUCGGCAACGACAAAAAAAUAUAAAUAAAAUAUUACUUGCACUAUUUUAAAUAUCAAUUGUUUUUUUGCGUGUGUUAGUGAUGCUAUAGGAAAAGUUGUCGAUGGGUUUCAAUUGUUAUUGUGUUUGUAACGUAUGCAUUACAGAGGAUGCUUUUUUCAUAAAGUAAAUGGCAAUAAUAGUCAUAGCAUGUCAGUUUGUAAUAAUGAGUACAAAAUAUUUUGCGCUUGAAAUAAGGCAAGUUCUCACAUAUGUAGUUUCUAGCAAGCAGUGGUGCUCAUUAUUCGUUCUCUUGGCCACAAGACUGAUUUAUAGCUCUGGCUUAUAAUUCAGGGUUUAAACAAGAAUAUGUAUAAAUAGAGCGCGCUAAUCGCGAUUAACAAAAUAUUGACGAUUUGUAAAAUAAUGAAUUUUAAAGCUCCAAUGACCUUAUUCAGCAAAGUCGAAAUGUUUUAAAGCUUUCGUUAGAACAAGGGAUUAUUUUGAUCAAGCUCAUUGAAAAUGCAAUGCUCUUUAAUUAAUGUUUAUAUAGUCAAUGUAAAUAAUUACAAAAUGUAAGAAAGUGUUGACAUGUCACAUAUGAUGUGCUCGUAUUUGUAAAUAAUUCAAUUUAUAUAACUUAGUUAACAUUUAGAGAUUGCGUAUAUGUAUUGUAAAUUACCCGGGGUGGCCGCAUAGAGCAAGUCCGAUUGGUCCUCUAUGAUCACUGUCACAACUAAUCACAACUUUUGCAUUUUUAAGUCCCGUUUUUCGAAGAGUUCAAAUUAGAAGGAAUAUUGUAUUUUUGCGUAAUUAAUUAUAUACAAGUAAAUGUUUUUUUUAAUGUCAGACAGAUGUGUCGCUUGCAUGGGUGGGCGCUGGUUCUUUACUGCGGCCGAGACUCGUUAUGUGAGAUCACUUAAUGAUUUAUUUUUACAUUAUCAUCGUCUUAAAAUUUAAUAUACUCACACUAUGAAGACACACAUCACCACAGAGCAUACUUAGUCUCAGUAUACUUACUUACUCGUGUCGAAGCACGUCCUAUUUAUAAAUGAGAAAAUCGAAAAAGUUGCUUGAGGAAAUGAUAAGUGUGCACUGACCGGGAAAAGUAGACGAAUAUUUUGUGUGAGGUUUCUGUAUCCACUGUAACGAAAGGUUUUUUUUUUGUAUGACAUUACAUAUAAAUAAAUAUUUCACUCCUUAUGAAUAUAUUGUAAAUGAUGCGUUAUUUGUAUGUCUUAAUUAUAAAAAACAAUAGUUAAAUAUGUUGAAGUGAACGUAAAGUAAAGUACCAACUUAAAUAUACCUUUUAACUACAAUGUAAUGAGUAUUAAUGAAUACGGUUAGCAACUAAAAGAAAGUGGAUUCUUCAAAGGAGAUACCUACAUUGUGAUUGCGAUUUUGCCUCUGCCGCAGCGCGGGUUUGUUAUCGACGUAGAUAAAUGUCACUAUAUUGCGAUUCGCCAUAAAUACGUCGCUAUGAUUGUUGGGACGUUCAUUAAACGAAUUUAUCUUCGUCGAUAAAGAUGCGAUGCAACCCGAUCAGUCAGACAAUAUGCUGUUGUUUGUAACAUCAUAAAGUAUAUUUCUCUUUUGUAUUGUCCACUCUCAACCAGUCACUCGAUAUCUGCAUAUCACUAGAAAGAAAUGAUAGAACAGCAGAAUCAAAUCGUUUAAAAAUAUCUAUUCAUCACCUUAAAAUUGGAUACGUUUCUCAUUUUCUACGUCACAGUACCCGCAACACAAAUAUUUAAUUCAAAAUAGCUCGUAAUAUGUAAUUAAGAUACCUAUCCAUUGCAAUUUAAUUUUACAUAGAAGUAGGUACUAUCAGAAUAUUUUUUUACUCUGUACAAAAUGUUAUAAGUGUGAUAUAUUAUACUUAAUAGAUUUUGAUUGACAUAAUUUAGAAAUUGUGAUUUAGACAAAGUGUGUAGUUAAAUAAAAUACAUAUAAAAAUAAAACUCGCUUUAUAAAUAUAAAUUGUACUGUCCUACAUCUUCUAUAACGUUGUUUUCCCAUAUUUUUUAUAUUUGGGUACUUAUGUAUUAUAAGCUGUUGUACUAAUAUAAAAGUAAAAAAAAAGUUAUUGUCAGCAUUUCAGGAACAUAAUGUUUCGGCCCAGUAUUGUAUACCAUUGUAUCCCACCAAUGCUGUGAACCAUUUGCUUCCUGCGAAAUAAACAACCGAUAUCAAA